GAGCGUGCACUUCCGCAGCCAUGGCUCACUUGACGGGUGCAAUGCAUCUUCUCUGCAAUGUGUUGAGCACAGUGGUCGUAGUAUCAUGUCUUAUUUUGAAACUACCCCAGAUCAUUGCAGUAGUCGGUGAAAGAAGCACUAAAGGGAUCAGUAUCGCAAGUGUUCUUCUCGAACUGACCGAGUACUCCAUAAUGCUGACAUAUCACUUUGCCUUGACCUAUCCUUUACCGACAUAUCUUGAGUAUUACUUUCUUGUUCCACAAGAUCUUUUUCUUCUGGCUGCUAUUUUAUGGUAUGAAAGAAAGCUACAACUGAAAGUAUUAGCAGCAUUUGUGUUAUAUUGCAUUGUAGUUUAUGCAGUGGCGUUCAGAAUUGUUCCUGACAUUGUGCUUCAGUUACUGAUUACUUCUUCUACACCUCUCUCAGUAACCAGUAGGUUGCUACAAAUUUGUAAAGUGCUGAGACUUAAAGAUGCUGGAAAUAUCAGUGCUGUGACCUGGGCUAUUGCUACCUAUGGCACACUAAUAAGAAUCUUUACAGCAGCUGUUCAGACUGGGGAUGUUGCAGUCCUGCUUAACUUCUUUGUCGGCUUCUGCCUGAAUGCCUUAAUGGUUACGCUAAUCAUAUACUUCAGAGUCAAGAAACAUAAAAAGCAACCGAGGCUGCUUCUGGUUUCACUUUCUGAAGAGCGUGCACUUCCGCUGUUCAUACAAGCCAUGGCGCACUUGACGGGUGCAAUGCAACUUCUCUGCAAUGUGUUGAGCACAGUGGUCGUAGUAUCAUGUCUUAUUUUGAAACUACCCCAGAUCAUUGCAGUAGUCGGUGAAAGAAGCACUAAAGGGAUCAGUAUCGCAAGUGUUCUUCUCGAACUGACCGGGUACUCCAUAAUGCUGACAUAUCACUUUGCCUUGACCUAUCCUUUACUGACAUAUCUUGAGUAUUGCUUUCUUGUUCCACAAGAUCUUUUUCUUCUGGCUGCUAUUUUAUGGUAUGAAAGAAAGCUACAACUGAAAGUAUUAGCAGCAUUUGUGUUAUAUUGCAUUGUAGUUUAUGCAGUGGCGUUCAGAAUUGUUCCUGACAUUGUGCUUCAGUUACUGAUUACUUCUUCUACACCUCUCUCAGUAACCAGUAAGCUGCUACAAAUUUUUAAAGUGCUGAGACUUAAAGAUGCUGGAAAUAUCAGUGCUGUGACCUGGGCUAUUGCUACCUAUGGCACACUAAUAAGAAGCUUUACAGCAGCUGUUCAGACUGGGGAUGUAGCAGUCCUGCUUAACUUCUUUGCCAGCUUCUGCCUGAAUGCCUUAAUGGUUACGCUAAUCAUAUACUUCAGAGUCAAGAAACAUAAAAAGCAAAACUAAAAAAAAAUGUUUGUCUAUCUUGUGAUGAUUUGUGUACAUCUAUUAUAUUAAAGAUCACACAUUAUCAAAAGAUAUGACAAGUAAUAGGUGACUGGUAAGUUAAGUGUUGCCUUUGCUUCCUCAGAAUAAGUUCUCAAGUGAUAACUUGGUGUAAGUAAUGCCUCACAGGAACUUGUAACAGCAGAGCACAAUAAAUAUUGACAAGUCUUUAAGAAACCUUUUGUUAUUGCCCAGUAAAAGCAAUCAGUAUUAUGCAAUAAAUACAAUGGGUUCAGUCUGUUGAGGUCGUCUUUACCUGCUACUGCUGGUAAAGUUUCCUUUAUUCUUUUAGGUAAGGCAGUUUUUAUGUGUACUUUUAUCUUUGUGACUAUUGAUCAUUUUCCCAUUUCUAGUCUACUAAUUUGCUACUUUAUUUAAAAUUGUAAAAUAUUAGCUUGAUGCUUGUGAAAGAAGUAUAACACAUUGUGUUUGUUAUAUACAUGAGUUUUUAGUUUCUCGAAGAGGAUUUCUACAUAAUUCUAUUUUAAAAGUUUUUUCCCCAGUUUGAUGUGAAUACAAUCGAAUUCUUAGAUGUACUUUUUUUUUUGCUGUCGUCGCACCAAGUAAAUCUUUCGAUUUUUCUUA